CAUCCGAGAGGACAGCUGGUGGUGUGAUGUGACAUGUUGAUGUAGUAGGCACAGUCGGUGCUGUGUUCAGGUCGGUCGGACCACUUCUACCUGACGUUUAUUCACCGCCAGCGGCGUCGCAUCGAUCGGGAACUACUGCGUGCUGUGUUGGCAGGGUCUCGCAGAACCACCGGCUGCUAUAGAGAUAAAGCAACACACAACAAUAAAACAAGAUGUCAGCCAAGGCGAUCCUUGAGGCGGCAGGGAAGGGCCUGCUGAAUGCCAACCUGGCUGGUGCCGGAAUGGUGAAGAACAAGAUUGUUUCCGUGAACGCUGACACAGACUGGGAUUUUCUUGUCGCUUCUAACCCAUGGAUGAACACAGAGCGUCUGGUAGCCAAGCCAGACCAGCUGAUCAAACGGCGCGGGAAACUCGGGCUCAUCAAGGUCAAUGCGACCUUGGACGAAGUCAAACAGUGGGUCAAGGAAAGGAUGAACAAGGAGAUGAAGAUUGGCAAGUCGACUGGUUUGCUGAAGAAUUUUGUGGUCGAACCAUUUGUACCUCACAAGCAGGAGGAGGAGUUCUAUGUGUGUAUCUACGCUCAUAGAGAUGGAGAAACUAUUCUGUUCCACCAUGAGGGAGGGGUGGACAUCGGGGACGUGGAUGCUAAGGCUGUAAAGUUGGAGGUACCAAUUGGUGAGACACCAUCACUGGAAGAUCUGCAGAAGAAUCUUGUCCACAAGGCACCUGCACCAAAGCAACCGGUUCUUGCACAGUUUAUCUCCAACCUUUACACAGUCUACACAGACCUGUACUUCACCUAUCUGGAGAUCAACCCUCUUGUUGUUACAGAUGAGGGUGUGUAUAUCCUGGACCUGGCCGCCAAAAUCGACCAGACGGCAGAGUUCAUCUGUAAAGCCAAGUGGGGGGAGUUGGACUUCCCUCCUCCAUUUGGGAGGGAAGCCUACCCAGAGGAGGCCUACAUUGCGGACCUUGAUGCUAAAAGUGGCGCCUCCCUGAAGCUGACCAUCCUCAACCCGAAAGGUCGGAUCUGGACCAUGGUAGCUGGGGGUGGAGCCUCUGUCAUCUACAGUGACACCAUCUGUGACCUUGGUGGUGCCUCAGAGCUGGCGAACUACGGCGAGUAUUCGGGCGCUCCCAGCGAGGGUCAGACCUACGAGUACGCUAAGACGAUCCUGUCGCUCAUGACGCGGGAGAAACAUGCAGAAGGCAAGGUGCUCAUCAUUGGUGGUGGGAUUGCAAACUUCACAAAUGUGGCAGCCACGUUCAAGGGUAUAGUGCGAGCUCUGAAGGACUACCAGGCUAAGCUGAAGGAGUAUAACGUGACGGUGUUUGUCAGGAGGGGGGGACCCAACUAUCAGGAGGGGCUGCGCAUCAUGAGGGAGCUGGGCCAGCAUAUUGGCAUCCCGCUGUACGUGUUUGGUACUGAGACCCACAUGACGGCCAUCGUCGGCAUGGCGCUGGGGAAACGCCCAAUCCCAGAGGAGCCGGAGGACCACAAGACCACAGCCAGCUUCCUGCUGUCUGGGAGCAGCAAGUCAACAGCGACACCCCCUAUCAGCCGUACAGGGUCUGUGUCGGAGGGCAGCAGCAGUCCCUCGCCAGGCUCCAGGAAGAUGAGACACCCCAGUAAGGAUGGAUUCGGCAAUGCUGCGGCCAAACCUGCCAAACCACUCUUUACAGAGAACUCCAAGGCUAUAAUCUGGGGGAUGCAGAACCGUGCUGUGCAGGGCAUGUUGGACUUUGACUUCUGCUGUAGCAGGAAGACCCCGUCAGUGGUGGCCAUGACUUACCCAUUCAGUGGUGAUCACAAGCAGAAGUUCUACUGGGGACACAAAGAGAUCCUCAUCCCGGUUUACAAGAACAUGGAUGAUGCCAUGACCAAACACACAGACGCUGAUGUCCUCAUCAGUUUUGCCUCCCUGAGGUCAGCCUACGACUCCACUGUGGAGGCCCUGCAGUACUCUCAGAUCCGUACCAUUGCAAUCAUUGCUGAGGGCAUUCCAGAAGCAAAAACCAGGCAACUGAACAAGCUAGCCUCGGAAAAGGGAGUCACUGUCAUCGGACCUGCCACAGUAGGAGGGAUCAAGCCAGGAUGUUUUAAGAUCGGUAACACGGGCGGCAUGCUGGAUAACAUCCUCUCCUCCAAGCUGUACCGGCCGGGCAGUGUGGCGUACGUCUCUCGCUCAGGUGGGAUGUCAAACGAGCUCAACAACAUCAUCUCCAGGAGGACCAACGGGGUGUACGAGGGAGUGGCCAUCGGUGGAGACAGGUACCCUGGAACCACCUUUAUGGACCAUCUCAUCCGCUACAACAGCGACCCUGACGUCAAGAUGAUGGUGCUUCUUGGAGAGGUGGGAGGUACAGAGGAGUACAAGAUCUGUGAAGCCCUGAAGGACGGCACCAUCACCAAACCCAUCGUGGCCUGGUGCAUCGGUACAUGUGCCAGUAUGUUCACAUCUGAGGUCCAGUUUGGCCAUGCCGGCUCCAGUGCCCACAGUGACAUGGAAACAGCACUUGCAAAGAACAAGGCCCUGGAAACCGCAGGCGCAUACGUUCCGACAAGCUUUGACGAGCUUGGAGAGAAAAUUCAGGAGGUGUACGAAUUCCUACGGGAUGAGGGCAUCAUUGUGGAACAGCCAGAAGUCCCCCCUCCGACUGUGCCAAUGGACUAUUCCUGGGCCAGGGAGCUUGGACUGAUCCGUAAGCCGGCAUCCUUCAUGACAUCUAUCUGUGAUGAGCGAGGACAGGAACUUCUCUAUGCAGGCAUGCCUAUCUCUGAUGUGUUUAAGGAGGACAUGGGCAUCGGAGGGGUGCUGUCACUUCUGUGGUUCCAGAGGAGACUGCCAUCCUAUGCGUGUAAGUUUAUAGAGAUGUGCCUGAUGGUGACAGCUGACCACGGCCCGGCGGUGUCAGGUGCACACAACACCAUCGUGUGUGCUCGGGCAGGCAAGGACCUCAUCUCAUCACUAUCCUCAGGACUGCUCACCAUCGGAGACAGUGUUGAUGGCUUCAUCGGUGUGGCCAUGGUGGAUCUGUUCAGGAACUGUGGAGCUUUUACAAGGGAAGAGGCCAAUGAGUAUGUGGACAUUGGAGCUCUGAAUGGGAUAUUUGUUCUUGGGCGGAGUCUCGGGUUCAUUGGCCACUUCUUGGACCAGAAGAGAAUGAAGCAGGGUCUGUACCGACACCCUUGGGACGACAUCUCCUACGUACUUCCAGAAAACCUCAACAUGUGAAGAGUUUGUAAUGUUUGACAAAAACUCCUCACUUUAGAAAAAAAUGAUAAAUUGAUAUUUCAACAUGGAAUAGACAACAUCUGCCUACCUGAUUCCAGUUGGUCACAUACAUGUAUAUCACCCACCCCUGAAAAAUGUGUCUUACGAGACCUCCAAUAUAACAUCCCCCAGUACAAUGCAGUCUUUCACAUCUAAACUGUGAAUACCUUGGGGUGCUGCACUAGAGAUCUCUCAAACACAUGUUUUUCAAAAGUGGUGGAAGUUAAUGAAAGUUACUAUUACUCUUAAAGUACUUUUCCUAUUCUGUCUCUUGCCAUGUUUUCAACUCCAGGAGCCUCAUGCAAAACUCAUGUAUACAGGAUGCUGUAGCAUGAUUUUUGCAAAGUGAUGUUAGCAUCAGGGGCAUAGCAAAGGACAAAAUGGGUAAAGUGAACAUUCCAGACUUAAAACUGAUAUGUCUCAAACAAACUACUGUAACAGUAUACUUAGGUGGCUUUAGGCUUACUAACUUUAAAUGUUAAGCACUGAGGAAAUGGUGUUGGUCACAUACACGUACAUUCAUGUACAGACAGAGCAACAAAAAUAAGCCAGUUUCAUUCAGUUUCAAACCUACAUUUAUAUUGUACAUGUAUGUCGAUAAUGCUUACCAAAGGAUUCAUUAAUCAACAUGGAAUUUAUAACUUUGAUUAUUAUGUUCUUUAUUGGUGGUUGUACCAUUAAUUCUAAGAGAUUGAAUGAAGUGUUAUGUACAUGUUAAUCAUACUUGCCUAAUGUUGAUUAAAUGUUUAAGAUACCUGAAAUUGUAAAGAAUAGAUACCAAAUAUUGUGGCAGCGGUAAGGUAGAGUUGCUCUAUUAUCGAAAACAAAUCCAAUAGCUUGUCAUUGUUAGGCAGAUAUAUUUUCUGUCUCAUUCAUGUAUCAGCUGUGACUGAGGGUUGAGAAGAAUAUUUUUGCUUUUGUUGAAAAUGUAUUAGAUAGUUUAUGAUACAAUCCAAUGCAGGAAUGUCUCCAGGACCUUCCCUCUGUUUUGAGAUGGAAAUUUUCUUGUUGGGACGGACAAAAAUCACACACUGCCCAUCCAAAAAGUCUGAAUACAGAUGAAAAUGGUAAAUUCUAAGUGACAGAUUCAGCAACAAAAAUCAACAACAUUUUCUCCCUAACCAUGACUU